GAGCGGCUGCCUGAGGCACGAUGUUGACCUUAUUGGCUGAGUCACGAACGAGGAGGUGUGGUGAAGAAGCUGAAACAUUAAACAAACGGUCCAUGCUGAGGGAGAACCAGGAGCGAGACCGAGGCUCUGAACCAGCUGCCACUUAACACCGAGGUCAACACCCUUCUGCCAAAAUGUCUGCUGCCAAGCGUGCCAAGGGGAAGACAUCAAAAAAGCGCCCCCAGAGGGCAACUUCCAAUGUCUUCGCCAUGUUCGAUCAGUCCCAGAUCCAAGAGUUCAAAGAGGCGUUCAACAUGAUCGAUCAGAACCGGGAUGGCUUCAUCGAUAAAGAGGAUCUUCACGACAUGCUCGCUUCGCUUGGAAAGAACCCCUCAGAUGAGUACCUGGAGGGCAUGAUGAGUGAGGCUCCAGGUCCGAUUAACUUCACUAUGUUCCUCACCAUGUUCGGAGAGCGACUCAAUGGCACUGAUCCCGAGGACGUCAUACGGAACGCCUUCACCUGCUUUGACGAGGAUGGCUCAGGUUUUAUCCACGAAGAUUAUCUUCGUGAGCUCAUGACCACCAUGGGCGACCGUUUCACAGACGAGGAGGUUGACGAGCUUUUCCGUGAGGCACCAAUCGACAAGAAAGGAAACUUCAAUUACACAGAGUUCACUCGCAUCCUCAAACAUGGUGCCAAAGAAAAAGAUGACAUGUAAACAAAUCAAAAAAGCAGGAUACCAGAUAUAUUCAUCUGAAAUCAGGACUUUUCUCUAAAUGGUGAUUGUAUGCUGAUGACGUCACUGUGUACUGCAUAAGAAGUACUCGAGUGGUUCUUGUACACAGAUUAGGCCUGGAUGAGAGAGGUAUUUACAUGAAACAAAAAAGCUUAUUUACAAAAUCAUUUUGAUGUCUAUUUAGCCAGGAUUAUUUGGCUGUCUGCAAAACCACCGCCUAUCCAGCAUCAUGAAGGCUUCAUUCUGCCAUCUUUACUGCAUAUUGAUAUCAUUAUAUGGCUAAAGUAAAAUAAAAAAUUAAAUCCACCAACAACAGCUAUAAAAUAAGCAUUGUUGUAAAUUUGGCUCUGAACCCAAUCUCUUUCUAAGCCUCUUUCUUUGUAAACCGAAUAAGAAAGAUUAACUGAAUAAAGUAACAUUGUUUUGGUUUCCACAA